AGCAGAAACAAACCGGGUAAAAAUUUGGUUAAAAGUUUGAUGUCGACGCUUUCAAAGUCGAAUGUCUAAUUCAUACUACUAGUAACAUUGUUCUUCUUAUUAGUAGGUGAACAGAGAAGGUAGGGUUUCUUGGAGAGACUUAAAGAACUUAAAGAGCAUGGAUUUGCUGGUAAGAUUGAUCACUUUUGAAUGAUUGUGUGAAGCCAAGCAAUUAGGUAUAUUGAGAAAGGAGGACCUACUUGACUAUGUAGCUUUGAAAUUAAGCACCGGAGCAAGUGCACCAAAAAAGAAAAUUGCCCGACCAAAAAAUAUUAAUCCUUUUUCCCAAUAUAACAAUAUAGCUUGAAAAUUAAUGAAAUAAAAACCACGAUCGAGUAAAAAUCCAAGAAAACAACUCCUAAUUCUGGUUGUAUAAACAGAGUAAGUGACCUCAAGUCCCACGUGGACAUCAAAAUUUCUGUCGGUUAUAUAUAACGGUCACAGGGCAACUAACUAUUUUCUUUAGCUUCAAAGUCACUUCUUUCCUGAAUCUGAUUGGUAGAUUGCUUUUUUUAUAUAUCCAUAAAUUAAGACCCACUUACCAGAAAGAAAACACAUACUUCUUCUUCUUCUUCUUCUUCUUCUUCUUCAAGAUGUCUAGCAUUACAUCCCUUUCCCUUCCUCAUCGUUGCGAGGCAUGGAAGCCCGAAAACUUCACCGAACCUGACAGUUCUUCACCAUAUCAUGAGUUCUUCAUUGAAGUUUUUGCUCAGUUUGAAGCAAUGGAGGAAGACGGCCAGAGGGUCACAAGCCCCACGAAAUAUAAAAAGUUCAUCAUGCCACGGGACCUUUUGAUGAAGGGCAGCACAUCAUGGUCAUCGAUAUCCAACAUGCUUUCCCAGAUGGACGUGCCCUACAAUUUCCAGCCAUUCAUGAUCCAAAAGAUCUCAACUUUUGCUCGCGAGCUAGCCUGUGAGGCUGACAGCAUGUGCCGCAAGACUAUUCCGAUGGUGGUGGCUCUCACCGUUGCACUAGGCACUCAACAACAGGGGCUUUCACCGUCGGUUCGUGCAAGCAAAUCAUCGGUUGAGGCAUUGGAGAAGGUCAAGAUAGAAGGUUUUCCAACGCAAUGCGUGGUGUGUUUGGAGGAUAUUUUGAUGGGGUCGGAAGCCGCCCGCAUGCCUUGCUCGCAUGUCUACCAUGGAGAUUGUAUUGUGAAUUGGUUGAAGAAGAGUAAUCUCUGUCCAUUGUGCAGGUUUCAGAUGCCUGCUGAAUGAGCGAAACAAGAAAAUUUGUUUCUUUUUCUCUUGGUGAAAAUUAGAUUUUUUUUUUUUUAUCAUAAUCUGUAAAGAGUUCAAUAAGUUUAUACUUAUUCAAGCUUAUAUUAGUUAUUUUCUUUUAUUGUCUAAGUUCUCUGAGGUUCACAUAAACUCAAAUUUUCUUUAACCAGAUUUCUGUUGUAUUUGUUUCUUUGCUGGAUCUUUUUCUUGAUGGUGGAAAGAUCCUCUUGUAACCCCCAUUUUCUCUUCUCAUCUAUGAAAAAGAAGAAAAUUUCUA